AUGACUGUUGUUCGUAAGUACUCUACGCGUUCCUCUGGCAAGAAGUUAGGUUUGGGUUUGAGUGAGAACAAGAAGCGCAAGAAGGUCAUUAUUCUUGAUGAUGAUACUCCUGUUGUACAGAAUUUCAAAAGAAAGGUUCACAAAGAUAAUGCUACUCCUGUUGUUGAUGAGACUCCAACUGUGGAGUUGGAUAAGACAGAUACCGGUUCUGCUGCUCGAAAGCGCAAGAUUGGGAAACGAAUUCCAGAAAAUGUGCCUGCUGCUCCUUUGGAUAACAUUUCCUUUCACUCCGAAGAAAGUGUUGGUAAGUGGAAGUAUGUUUAUCAGCGCAGGAUUGCUCAAGAGAGGGAAUUGACUGGUGAGAUUUUGCAUUGUCAAGAAAUUAUGGAACUUAUUGAGGCUGCUGGGUUGUUGAAAACUGUUACUGAGAUUGGUGGCUGCUAUGACAAAUUGGUGAGAGAAUUUAUUGUGAAUGUGACUACAAAUUGCACUGUGUCUGGGCAUCCAGAUUUCAGGAAAGUUUUUGUGCGUGGUAGGUGUGUACACUUUUCACCUGAGAUCAUUAAUCAGUAUUUGGGAAGGAGCACUAUUGCCACAGGAAAUGAAGAGCUGUCCUUGAGUGCUAUCACUAAUGAACUCACGGCUGGUCAGGUUAUGGAAUGGCCUGUCAAAGGCUUGUUGUCUUCUACUCAUUUGAGUGUGAAGUAUGCUAUCUUGAAUCGCAUUGGUGCUGCAAAUUGGGCUCCUACCACCCACAGCUCAGAUAUUUCUUCAGGUUUGGCAAAAUUAAUUUAUCUGAUUGGUACUAAGGCUCAGUUUGAUUUUGGUGAAUAUGUCUUUGCUCAAACUAUGAAGCAUGUUGAAACCUUUGUUGUCAAGCUCCCUAUUGGGUUUCCUUGUUUACUUUGUGGGAUUAUCUUGAGUCAACAUCCUCAAAUUCUCCUUGUUGAUGAGGUUCCUAGCAAGAAGGCUAGUCUUCUCACUAUUGAUUACAGGCUGCUAGCUGGUGCUCAUGUUUCUGAUGUUGCUGGUUUGGCUGAGAUGACUCAGGGGGAGGGUGCUUCCUCUCAGAAGACUCCUGAGACUCCUAUUGCUGCGCUUAUUGCCGUGUCUAAGAUGCUUCAGGACACAAUUACUAGUUGUACAUUGAGGAAGAAGAAUGUGGACACUCUCAUUCUGCAGUUGACUAAAGGCAAGAGGCCUCUUGAAGACAAUGCUGCUGCUAAUGAUCAAGAUGAUGCUGGUACUUCUGAUGAUGACACUUCUAGUGAUUAG